AUGGUUAGCAAUAGCUCUCAGAGAAAUUUCCGCUCUCUCCUGAGCACAUUUCGAUCUCCAGACCAUAAGCCCACACGAAAUCCAGAGACAGAUACUGAACUAGAAGGAAGCCAAACAAGAAAGACUUAUCAGAAGGAUUUGUUUCUUCCGAACUAUGCAGAGCUCCAGGACCAGUCACAGAUACCCAAUGCGGGGAUUGAUAUAGUUGACGAUGAUAUACCCUUGGAUGCUUUCGAUAAGGAGCUGCUGUCGCAGCUAGGCUAUGAUGCAGCCGAACUGGCUGUGCCGAUGUAUGAGCCAAAAGAUAUACCCCAUACUGAACCUUUUUCAACACCUCUACACCGAGGUCACUCAAGUAAAUUCAGCAGCUCAAAUACCAUUAUUACACCCCCAUUUCAACGGCUAGCCUCCAGCUCUUCAGGAUUUGAAUCACCCUUAAGCCCAUCCCUCACAACCAAAGAAAUUUACCAAGGAAAACUCCAUAGAGAAGGCCUUGAUGUCCAUAAAAGUCCACAUUGGCCAUCUGCACGGGAAGCCACUCCUCCAGUCAAGUUUUCUCCUUUUCAGAGACCGCCAAUUGUCAAAUCCCCGGAGAUUCAGUUGAAACAUGCACAGCCUCUUAUACAAGGCAUUAGACUUGUAUCUACCCGCGAACUCCCGGAUCGUUUCCGGGCACUCUUUUCUUUCCAUCUCUUCAAUGCAAUUCAGUCAAAAUCCUUCCCGGUAGUAUACCACCGUACCGAUAAUGUCGUUCUAUCUGCUCCCACGGGUAGUGGAAAAACAGUAAUUAUGGAACUAGCUAUCUGCAAGCUCGUUUCUGAUCUCAAGGACUCCCGUUUCAAGGUCAUUUACCUAGCACCUACCAAAUCGCUAUGCUCCGAACGAUCUCGUGACUGGCGAGCAAAGUUUACUCCCCUUGACCUACAAUGUGCCGAACUUACUGGAGAUACUGAUCACUUUCAGAUUAGGAAUGUCCAACAAGCAAGUAUCAUUGUUACCACCCCUGAAAAAUGGGAUAGUAUGACUAGGAAAUGGAAAGAUCACAUGAAGCUAAUGCAGCUCAUCAAACUAGUUUUGAUUGACGAAGUCCAUAUACUCAAAGAAGCCCGCGGAGCUACGUUAGAAGCAGUGGUAUCUCGUAUGAAAUCUGUCAAUUCCAAUGUUCGCUUCGUGGCUUUAAGUGCUACCGUUCCAAACUCAGAAGAUAUUGCAACAUGGCUAGGGAAAGACCCAACGAACCAACAUCUUCCAGCACACAGGGAGCGGUUUGGGGAAGAUUUUCGACCCGUUAGGCUCCAGAAAUUCGUUUAUGGAUAUCAAGCUAAUGGAAAUGAUUUCGCAUUCGAUAAAGUUUGUGAAACUAAGCUUCCAGAAAUUCUCACUAAACAUUCAUCUAAGAAACCAAUCUUAGUGUUCUGCUGCACGCGGAACUCAGCAAUAACAACGUCAAAAAAUUUAGCAAAGUUAUGGUCCUCUACCAACCCACCUCAGAGGCUUUGGAAAAGUCCUACAAAACCAAUCCAUGUUCAGAACGCCGAUUUGAAUGGUAUUGUUCCCACCGGGGUAGCAUUUCAUCAUGCCGGUCUCGAUAGCUCUGAUAGACAUAACAUUGAAACGGGGUUUCUGACGGGCCAAAUAAACGUAAUAUGUUGCACUUCAACAUUGGCUGUUGGCGUGAAUUUGCAUGCCACUUGGUGGUCAUUAAAAAUACAGUGUCAUGGCAAGAUGGUGGUUGCAAGGAAUCACCUUAACGCGGAAAUAGGCCUCGGUACAGUUACGGAUGUCGAAUCAGCAAUUAGGUGGCUUCGAGGGACUUUCUUUUUCGUCAGGCUACAACGGAAUCCUACAUGUUACAAGCUAAAGGAGGGUGGUAAUAGGGCAGAUGAAGAUGAGUUGUUACGGAGUAUCUGUGAGAAAGAUUUAGAACUUCUCCGGGAAAAUGGCCUAGUGACUACUGAACCCCCGUUCAAAUCCACGGAGCUUGGAGAUGCAAUGGCUCGGUAUUACGUGAAGUUCGAAACGAUGAAACUGUUCCUGUCUCUUCCACCAAAGGCAAAAAUAUCAGAAAUACUUUCGGUCAUUGCGCAAGCAGAUGAAUUUCGGGACAUAAGGUUAAAGCCCGGUGAAAAGUCUCUUUACAAGGAGAUAAACAAGGCAAACGGCAUCAAAUUCCCUAUCAAAACUGACAUAAAUCUCUCGGCUCACAAAAUAACGCUCCUCAUUCAGUCUGAGUUGGGCGCUGUGGAACUUCCGUCUGGCGACCAAUUUCAAAAACAUAGAUUAUCGUUCCAACAGGAUAAAAGUCUGGUUUUUUCUCACAUUAACCGAAUCAUCCGCUGUAUCAUUGAUUGCCAACUAGCUCAUGGGGAUUCGGUAAGCGCAAGGCAUGCUCUUGAGCUAUCCCGGAGCCUUGGAGCAAAAGCUUGGGACGACUCUGUGCUACAACUGAAACAGAUAGAUCAAAUCGGGAUUGUGGCAGUUCGGAAAUUUGCAAGUGCUGGAAUUACGAAUAUGGAACAGCUAGAGGCAGCGGAACCAAUUCGUAUAGAAACUCUGCUAUCCAGAAACCCACCGUUUGGGAUGAAAUUACUUGCUCGAGUAGCCGAAUUUCCAAAGCCAAGGGUUUCUUUGAAAGAAGUUGGGAAAGAUGUUAAACCUGGGAAAACCCCACGACUCAAAUUCCGAGCGGAUGUUGGAUUCGUCAACGAGAAAGUUCCUCUUUAUUUCCAAAAGCGGCAGGUUUAUCUAUGCUUUUUAGCAGAGGUCUCUGAUGGACGAAUUGUCGAUUUUCGACGUUUCCAUGCCAGUAAACUACAAAAAGGGCAGCAAAUAGUUCUCACAGCUGAGAUAAAGAAUCCGUUUCAGACAAUCACCUGUACCGUUAUGUGUGAUGAAAUUGCUGGGACUAUGAGACAAGCGGAAUUGCAGCCAGCUCUCCCAAAGUUUCUAUUUUCGGCGUGUAAGGGGGCUACCGAACGCAAGCUGGGUACAGGCAAUUGCCCACCACCUAAAGCCCCAAUGAAAACCGGUGCAGCCCCGCCCACGCAUCCUCAGCGAAAGGACGUGGAUGACUUCAGUGAUGAUCCGCUUAAUUAUAGCGACUUUAUACCGGAAGAUUUUGAUGAUAUCUUCCAAAGUAAACACAAAAGCCCGGCAACAGCAGCGCCAGCUCCGCCAUCUAUAACUUCCAAGAUGAAAAAAACAAUAAGCAGAGGCAACAGCUCUGUAACUUCUGAACCGGUCCAACUUGACAAUGGGAAGUGGGCAUGCAAUCAUCGUUGUAAAGAUAAAACAGCAGAGGGUACGGACCACCCGCCAAAACAAAGCAAGAAGCAGGUUUUAGAGGCAUCUAAUCAGGACCCUCAAUCGGGCAAUUGCGAGCCGAAACCUAAAAUACCCAAAGUCAACACUAAGCUAGAGCGCCAGGUUGAUAUAAUUGACCUAACAAAGCCAGAGCCUACUUAUGGAAAGAAACUAUACAAUAGAGCGAUAGAGGGGAAAUCGACUAGUAAGUGCAGAGGUAGGGAUAAAACCCCUACGUCGCAUAGUUUGUAUAGCCGAAGAACUUCCUCUCCCUUAUCAGACGACACACUGGAUCCAUUACAACUACCGUUGCCAUCGACUAAAGCGAAAGUUGCAAAGCAUACCUCCUCAAGUGGAGAAGAUUUUGAGGAGUUUGAAUCUUUGAUGGGAGACUUCGAGAGCUCCUCUUCUGAAAAUGACAUGCCCGUCGAGAAAGAAAUGAGUCAGAGAUCAGGGUAUUUCCCUUCGGCCAACGCAGAUUUUGACAACCCAGGAGACUUGUUUGUUGAAAACGAUAUCAUGGAUGCUGAUUAUUUCAGCCAAAUUAAUGAUAAACACUCGGGAGUUCUCUCCCCUAUGAAACGGAGCGAUGUCUCAUACCCGGGUACCUCCCAGGGAGAGGGCUAUGAGGGGAUCUCCAUACCUACGGUUCAAAGCCCAAAAGAAAGGUCACCACUAUUACCGGCUCGGCCACUGCAAUGUAACGUUGACUUGUUAUCUACCAGCAAAAAUGUAGGAAAUGGUCAUUCAUCCGUUACAAACCCUCCUUCUCCAGAGAAAAGUAUGUCUGAUAUGACAAUGAGCGGCAAAGAAAAUCUGAACAUUUUUAAAUUGGUACCAUCCAAGAGAAGAAUAUCCGAUUCAGCAGCUAUCGAAAUACCCUCAGUCGAAGACACUGGUCUCAAUAUACCAUACCAGUCAGACAGUCCACAACCUGAACCCCCAAAAUAUAUUGAUCCUUUGCUUCUAGAGGAAUUUGGGGCUGUUGCAGAAUUUUAUUAA